AUGGCCACCAAGCCAAGACUCUUUACGGCUUCCAAGAAAGGCGAAAACUAUGAACUUCGCGCCGGACUCAACUCGCAGUAUGCCGAUCAAAGGAAAGAUUCGAUCAAGAGAGUGAUUGCUAACAUGACAGUCGGAAAAGACGUUAGCGGGUUAUUUCCUGACGUCCUGAAAAAUAUGCAAAGCGACGACCUCGAGCAGAAAAAACUGGUCUACCUCUAUCUCAUGAACUAUGCUAAAUCUCAUCCUGAUCUGGUUAUCCUCGCCGUCAAUACGUUCGUCAAGGACACCGAAGAUCCCAACCCAUUGAUCAGGGCGUUGUCGAUCAGAACGAUGGGCUGCCUGAGAGCAGAGAAGAUACUCGACUACGUUUGCGACCCACUCCGCAAAUGCCUUCAAGAUGACAAUCCGUAUGUCCGCAAGACAGCUGCGAUCGGGGUGGCAAAGCUGUACGACUUGAAGCCAACACUGGCACUGGAGAAUGGAUUUGUAAGCCAGCUGAAAGAAAUGGUUGCCGACAGCAAUCCAAUGGUGGUAGCCAAUGCUGUGACGGCCUUGACGGAAAUACACGAGUCGGCGAUCGCAAACGACCCUUCAGAGGGUGUCUUUAUACUCGACUCAGCGGUCAUCCAAAAACUGUUGGUCGCAUUAGGCGAAUGUACCGAGUGGGGUCGGAUUGCACUCUUGGGAGCAAUUGCCAAAUACCGCGCCACUGAUGCUAAAGACGCCGAGCAGAUCUGCGAAAGAGUGGUCCCUCAAUUCCAACACGCCAACGCCAGCGUCGUCCUUGCUGCCAUCAAGGUCAUCAUGAUCCACUUUAGGGAAGUCCGAAGGGAAGAAUUUGUCAAACAGAUCAUGAGGAAAAUGGCACCUCCCUUAGUUACCUUAGUUUCAUCCGCACCCGAAGUCCAAUGGGUAGCACUAAGAAAUAUCAACCUCAUUUUACAAAGGAAACCAGACAUACUUCAAAAUGAAAUGAGAGUAUUCUUCUGUAAAUACAACGAUCCAGCUUAUGUGAAGGUUGAAAAGCUGGAUAUCAUGGUCAAACUGGUAACAGAGAAGACGGUCGAUACACUAUUGAGUGAACUGAAAGAAUAUGCUUCAGAAGUCGAUGUAGAGUUUGUCCGGAAAGCUGUGCGGGCAAUCGGACAGUGUGCCAUCAAGAUCGAUGACGCUGCGGAGCGGUGCGUGAAUGUUUUACUCGAUCUGAUCUCGACUCGAGUGACCUACGUAGUCCAAGAAGCCAUCAUCGUCAUCAAAGAUAUCUUUCGCAAAUACCCUUCACGGUAUGAAGGCAUCAUUCCCACACUGUGCGCGAACUUGGAUGACCUUGAUGAACCUGAAAGCAAAGCCUCUUUGAUUUGGAUUUUGGGAGACUACGCUGAGAAAAUCGACAAUGCAGACGAAAUCUUGGCUACCUUUCUGGAUACAUUUGUCGACGAUCCAUUUCCAGUUCAAUUACAAACCCUCACAGCGAUCGUCAAGUUGUUCCUGAAGAAACCAGAAGGCGCGCAAAGUCUGGUCCAGAAAGUCUUGUCAUUGGCCACCAAAUCGAGCGACAGUCCCGACAUAAGAGACCGAGCAUACAUUUACUGGAGACUAUUAUCGACUGAUCCUGAAGCAACAAAAAGGGUAGUCUUGAAAGCAAGGCCGAUGAUUUCACUCCAAUCUUCAUUAGUCUCGCCGGCUCUAUUGGAGGAAUUGAUCGAUGAGAUCUCGACUUUGGCCUCCGUUUUCCAUAAGCCUGCCGAGACUUUUAUUGGAAGAGGUAGAUUAGGUGCCGAUGAAGUACAGAGAAAAGCCAACGAACGGGAAGAAGAUUUCUCACGAGAACGAGCGAUAGCGACGGUAGUCCAAGGCCAAAACGCGGAAAAUUUGCUCGACUUCGACGAUGAUCCGGUGGAUGGCGAGCCGGCGAUGCUCUCGAAAUCGACGAAUGGAUUGGGCUCGUUGACUGGAGGAGGCCUAGCAUCCACUUCGACCAACGUGACCAGUGCGAUGAAUCCCUUGGACGAUUUGCUGGGCCUGUUUGACUCCUCCAUGACUCUUUCCUCCGCCUCUCAGAAUCCCCCCAACAGCUUUGCUCAAGUCGGCUCCCAUCUUCCACCCUCUUCCGCUCCUUCUUCUCAUACUGGCUUCAAUAACUCUAACAACGACGAUCCUUUUGGACUUUUAUAA